UGCUUUAGGAAGAAAAAGAGUGACUGCGAAGGCCUGUCUAAGAUCGGCUUCCAACGGGUUUAGAAGUAAACAUUCCAGGCAAUCGCAUGAUCCCCCCCUGGCAACGAGAAGUCCGAUCAUCGGUGACGAUACAUGUGGCGGAGAAGGGAGUGGGGCUUUGGGAAUGUAUCCCCUGUUAUUAUUAGUUCAAAUUGGGAGCGGCCUGUCCCUUGUCCGGCCAUUGCGCAAGCCGUCCAGCCCGGGAUCUCCGUCGUUGAUGGCGUCAAGGUUCAGGUCGGGAUGGCGUAUGCAGUGGUAUGCCAGCGCCGGACCCCCGAAUCGGAGGACUGGUCGUCCACAUGGAAGUUCUCGAAGUAAACACAGCUUCCUCGGGCCCGGGAGGCCGGACGAGCAACUAGUGUACAGUAGUAGUGUGUGCAGUGGAGAGGCGGCCUUAGAACGGCUUUGGCUGUCCAAUUGACGUGUUGUCCCUGGAAAAGUUUGCUAGAGAUUCAUAGCGAACGAGCCAGUCCUGGGUGGCCAAUUCAUUAUUGUCGUGCAUGUAC